UCUAUAAAAAUGAAUAAAAUUCUCUUUAUUCCUGACUAACAAAAUAAAAAUUUAGAAGAAAAUUUUUAGAAUUUAAAAUAAUUUAUUCAUCCUAAAAAAGAGACCAUAUAUUAGCUGCUACUAUUAAACUCUGAAAAUAUAGAUAAAAAUUAAUUAGAGAACAUCAAUUUAUAGAAGUCAUCAUUUUUCAUUCAAUUUCAAUAUAAGAAAAAAUAAAAUAAUAAUAAUAAUAAUAAAAGUAUUAUAGUCUUUAAUGAAAAAUAUAUUGAACAAACAUUUCUUACUGAGGAAGAUAUGGGUAAUGGGAUUUAUUAGUCAAAUUAUAAAGUAAAUAUUUGGAAUGUCAUAUUGAGAAAAUAAGAAAAACUCAUAUUAGUAGCCAUUUUUUCUUUUGAUCAAGAUAUCAUCAAUGUAAAAGUAGCUCUGAAAAUUUAAUAAGAUAAAGUUUUUGACUUACUCUGCUUUUUUGGUUUUUUGCUUAUUAUUUAUAAAUUUGUUAAAUACUGCCAAGAAAAAUUUUAAUAAAAUUUAAACAAUAAUUUACAAUAAAACUAGUCUAUGUAGUCAAGAAAUCGUUAAUAAAUAAAAUCAUUAUAAGAUGAGGCUCUAGAUACUCUAAUAUAUAAUUAGUUGUAAAGCUGCAAAGCUAUUGAAAUGGUAGAGACAUAACAAAAUUAAUAAGAGUGCUCAAUUUGCCUAGAGCAAUACUAGGCAUAAGAUGAAGUUUAUAAAUUAUAAUGUGGCCAUAUUUUCCAUAAAAACUGCAUCAAUCUCUGGUUUAAAAAGAAAAAUUAUUGCCCAAUAGACAGAAUAAAAAUAUUGCAUCAUAAUUCAAUAGUUGCUUGUAGUUGA